ACUGCCUCUGCCUGACGUCGCCGCGCCGCCCCUCCCGCCCAGCCUUCCUCCGGGCCGUAGUUUUGGCCAAUGGGAGCGCGGCUUGUUGGGCGGUGGGGAGCGUGAGGGGGCUCCAUCGGGCUGAGGUGCCGCCAUGAGCUCCAUCGGCACCGGGUAUGACCUGUCAGCUUCGACGUUCUCUCCCGAUGGCAGAGUGUUUCAAGUUGAAUAUGCGAUGAAAGCUGUGGAGAACAGUAGUACAGCAAUUGGGAUAAGAUGCAAGGAUGGCGUCGUCUUUGGAGUAGAGAAACUGGUUCUGUCCAAGCUGUACGAGGAGGGUUCCAAUAAACGUCUCUUCAAUGUUGACCGACACGUUGGAAUGGCAGUAGCAGGACUUCUGGCCGAUGCUCGCUCUUUGGCAGACAUAGCCAGAGAAGAGGCUUCCAACUUUAGAUCUAACUACGGCUAUGAUAUCCCACUGAAGCAUCUUGCAGACAGAGUGGCCAUGUACGUGCACGCAUACACUCUGUACAGCGCUGUCAGACCUUUCGGUUGCAGUUUCAUGUUGGGGUCCUAUGAUAACGAUGAUGGUGCACAGCUGUACAUGAUUGAUCCAUCGGGAGUUUCAUACGGUUAUUGGGGGUGUGCCAUUGGUAAAGCCAGGCAGGCUGCGAAAACAGAGAUUGAAAAACUUCAGAUGAAGGAAAUGACCUGCCGUGAUGUUGUUAAAGAGGUUGCGAAAAUAAUCUACAUAGUUCACGAUGAAGUUAAAGAUAAAGCUUUUGAGUUGGAACUCAGCUGGGUUGGAGAAGUAACCGGUGGAAAACAUGAAAUUGUUCCCAAAGACAUAAGGGAAGAAGCAGAGAAGUACGCCAAGGAAUCUUUGAAAGAGGAAGAUGAAUCAGACGAUGACAAUAUGUAACACAUUGUUACUUCAAGACAAGUUCAACUUUUUUUUUUUAAACUUAGUACAAGUUUGUUUAUAAUGUAUUAAGUACGGGAUGCUACUAUGUACUUGCUGAAAAAACUGAGUGACCAACUUGCACUAAUAAAUUUUCCAUUUUACUGUC